AUGCCCAAGUUGCGAGUAUCUGUGCACAUUGCCUCUUGGUACGAAGCCUUUAGCUACAAGGAAAUGAACGCUGAUGAGUCUCUUGCUGCAGGUCAUGGGCAGCAAUUGCAUGAAACAAGUCACGGUUCAAUGAUCACUACUCAAUGGGUUCUGCAGCCUGAUGCAGAAGACGAAGAUCCGGCCUAUGAACUUCAAGGUCGGAGGUUUGGCUCAGGAGACGAAGGUGCCCCAAUGCUAUGCAACUUGGUAUGCGCUGCUCAAGGUCGUCACGCUCACAUCGAUUUCUGUCGUGACCCUGCAAACUGCUUGAACACGGACUGCGAGCAUAUAUCAGAACUUAUGCAUCCAGAUCCCGGUAGGCCCAAGGAUUGGAUAUCUCAUGCUACAUACUGGGCACGAAGCGGUUUCAAAGACCCAUAUUCCCAAGAGGAACAAAACGAAUUCUUGAAAUGCGAUGUUCUGUGUGCCGGUCCCGAGCAUGAAGCAACGGCCACAACUGCAGCAAACCCAUCUUAUUGUACUCUACCAAUAUUCCAUCAGCCAGAGCCUCAGCAACCAAUCCCCCCAAUUGGCAUGUUUCCAGGGAUGGACAUGCGUUCAACUGCCAGAAUCCAUCUCGACUACACCAAGCGUACCAUAUGCACUCCAAUUAGCCCUCGGUUGGUAUCAAACUGCAACAAUCGAUACGGAGCUGUCUUAUCUGCACUGUAUGGAUUUUGGCUAUCUCGUGAUGCUAUGGCCGCUACAUCUACCACUCAAGCUCGUCAGGAUGCCUACUCCGUCAUUACGUUUGAUGAUUAUGCGACAACGAGAUUUCAGAACGACUUUACUAGCACGACUGACCAGCUCAUUGGUCAGCUGAUACCACAGAUGGGUCAAGGUGGAACCAAUUUCCAAGGGGCACUGGCCAUGGCACAGUCGUUGAUUCAAGCCAACUGGAGUAGCGACAGAGCCCCCGUUAUCAUUUUUCUAUCCGAUGGUGAAUGUAAUAUCGCGGAUAAUCCGGUUUACGAUUUAUGUCAUGCAUGCGUCCGGCUCGGCAAAGCCUAG